AUGAGUUUUCUAAUUUUUAUUAUUUAUACAGGCUAUUGCUCAGAAAGCACAGGACUCAGAAUUGAUUUAAAUAUCGAAAUCCCUUUGUUGGAGAAUCAGUAUGUCAUUUUUCACUCAAACUCAUAUAAAUCAGGAGCAAGUCAAGAAAUUCAACCAUAAAAAAAACUAUUAGCUAAUUUAGUAUUUUUUUAGAUUAAUAUAGAAAAACAAUUCAUAAGGAGUUUACUCCUAGAAAUUUGAUUUUCUUGAACUGAAUAAUUCAUUAGAUAUAUCGUGUUACCAAUAGAAUGUAAUGAUCCUCCAAGAUGUUUAAAGUUGCACUUAAAAUUGCACUCUACAGUCAAUCUAAAAUCAAAUCCUAGGAGCAAGCACCGUUAGCCAAAAUAUUACAGAUUCAUCUUACUUUAUAGUCGAUAAUACAUAAUUGCCAUGUGUUAAUGGGACCUUUUUUAAAUUACUUGUUCCAUGGGUGACGGUCUAAGUAUUAUUUACCUUUUAGGAUUCCUCGUAUUUGAUUGGGACUAUUAGUAUAAAUUCUUAAUAUCUAAGUUAUUGUCUUAUUAGUCACUAUUAUUACUAUUUAAAUCAUGUCAAUAAUUGUGUUGUAUUAUAAAUUGAGAAAAUAUAAGAAAAAAAUGAAAAGAUCUUAAGACAAGAAUAUUGCCAAAAGAAACAACAUCAUGAGAAGUGACUAUCAAGUAAAAUGAUCUCAAUUUAUCAAUUAGGAAAACAUUGAGGAUCAAUCCAUAUCACUCUAAGAAAUUAAGAGCCAAUAAAAUUCGUAUUUCUAAAAUUGAAAUUUAUUCAAAGCAAUAAAGCAAU